CUGACUUAAAACAAGAAAACUUUGUUUUCAUUUUUUGAUUUCAUCUAUGAAGUUACAAUAUACUGUGAACUUUCGAAGUCGUUGUUGAUCUGCACCUGUUUGCCUGAAGUCUGUGAAUCAAGCCUCUUUUCUACACUGUAACUGAAAACAGCACUUAACUACCGCUCACCUAUUUGUGCUGAAGACAUAAGAGUGCGGGAGGCACUAACUAGAACCGUUUCGGUGCCGCUUUCAGAAUCAUAGCGCAGUAAUUGAUUGUCUGAUUUCAGCAAGAUCUCCUAGUGACAGUUACAGCUGGAGGUAACAGUAUACUGUCAUCAUGCCUGGACUGCAAGCCUUUGGUAGGCUGUGGAUAGUGGCCUCUGAUGACUUUGUCUUUCCUGCCGCCCUCGAGCUGGUCAUCAACUAUUCCUGGCUUCUGGCGGUGACAACCAUCUACCUGACGCAUGACCCGGGCGGCACGUGCGCCCAGCGGGGCACCCUGGCCACCUACAUAUUGGGCUGCGGCUUCCAGCUGCUGGUCUCUGUUCCGCUACUGGUGUCUCUGAUCGUCUGCAGCGGACGUGGUGCGGUGAUGGAGACGGCGGCGCGCCGAGCCGUGCCCUCACUGCUGUACUGCAGAUUGGCGCUGUUCCUGUUCUCUGUCGGCUGGGACGUGGCGGGCUCCGUCUGGCUGAGCUCGGAUAUUCGGCACUGUGUGGUCACCUCUCCGACCGUGCAGGUCAUCAUAGCUCUGGUCAUCUGUAACUGGCUACGCUCUGUCGUCAUCCUGAUCGGCCUGGCAGUGGUGUUUGACCCGCUUGGCUCCGUCAGUCUCAGUGGAGCAGGCUACAGCAGCGCACGACGCAAAAAGAGUCUAUUGCGCCGCAGUUUGUGGCACGCCCGGUUCCGGUUCCUCUGCUGCUGUCUACACACAGACGAGACGUCGGAGGCGCUCAGAGACGUGGCAGGUCACAUCGCCACCCUGGUCGGCGAGGUGGACCUGGUACCGUCAGACGUUGUCGCCGGGCUGAUCCUGCUGCAGCAGAAGCACGCCAACCAGCCGGAGGGGCCGCCCGAGCCGCCGGCGCACCUGCAGCAUAGACCGGCGACACACGCGCGCUCGGACUGGAUGACGGUGCCGCGGGCGGCCCACUUUAUGCGGUACGCGCUGGGCGUGUACGGCUGGCCGUGGUUCGUGCACGGACGCCUGACGUCCUCUCUGCGACUACUGUGGCGGCGCAUCAUCUGCUGCGCCCACUACAGGGGGAAGCCGUCGCUGGCUCUGGGGGACAACUGCUGUCUCUGUAACACCGCCGCGCUGCAAGAGUGCACUGCCCUGGAGGACGGCGACUUUCUCUACGUCUCCUUCGUCAACCGGCUCUACCAGGUGGCGUUUCUAGUGGCGGUGGAUCACGCCGCUGAGAGUAUCGUGGUCGCUGUCCGAGGUACCCUCUCUGUCAUAGACGCCCUGACAGACCUCUGUCUGGACUCGGCUGUCGUGGAGGAGACUGGGCGGCCGCAGGACAGGGCCCACAAAGGGAUGCUGCAGGCGGCUCGCUACAUCGAGACCACGCUGCGAGAGACGGAGGCGCUGGACAGGGCGGUCACCAUGCACCCCGACUACACGGUGGUGGUCACCGGCCACAGUUUGGGCGCUGGCGCGGCGGCCCUACUAGCACGGAUGCUCCUGCCCACCCACCCGCGACUCCAGUGUUUCGCCUUCUCGCCGCCAGGCGGCCUGGUGAGCCGUCCACUGAGCGAGGACAUGCAGGCCUACGUCAUGUCCGUGGUGUGUGGGGACGACCUGGUACCCCGGCUCUCCGUGGCCGCCGUGGAGAAGCUCAAGAAUGAGCUGGAGGAUGCGUUGAACGCCUGCACGCUCAGCAAGCACUCGCUGUUAUACCGAGCGUGCUGUAACUGCGCGUGCGGCGCCUCGCACGACCUGGUCACCCCGGAGGACGGCAGAGACUCGGAGACUGACGUGCACCGGCCGCUGGUGGACUCUGUGGACCGCAGCAACUACGAGUCGCUGGUGGACGUGGCCGAGCGAGCCAUGCUGGCGGACGCACGUGCCGAACACGUGCCGCUGUACCUGCCCGGCCACGUGCUGCACGUGACGACGGCCACGGAGGCACACGGACGAGAUGGCGCUGCCGGUGCGCCGCACUCAGAGUGGCGCACUCCGGAGUACUUUUGUAACAUCCGAGUGACGGGCAACAUGUUCUCGGACCACCUGCCCGACCUGGUCAACGAGUCGCUGAGGCGGCUAGCAGCCGAGCACCCCUGCUGACAUCUACCGGUCGGGUGGCGAAGUACGAUACUGCGGCGACAGAGAGCUCAUAGCGCAUGGGUUGUGACGGCAGGCGCCAGCGGUCUCUGUUUGCGAUGGGGAAAGUCGUGAACACCAUCGUCCCAUAUGUGAUAUUGCUAGUUCAUAUUUAUCGUAUUUAGAUUUAGAGAGACUUUGCUGCUUAUGAAGCCCCAAGACAGGGUCGUGUGCUUGUAUCUAUCUAAGGAAACCGACGCUCGGUGACUUAACAAGGCAGGGAUGGAAGAACCAGUCUAUGCUGGGAGAAGGGCGCAUGUAAUGGGCAUUAACUUGAUGGGGUUUGAUAAAGAGGGCUGAGAUACUAACAUGAAGAAACCCCGAAGAAAAGAAUUAGGGGACAGGGCUUAGUGACCAAGCAUCCAUCAUAGCACCUUUCCUAGUUUGAGUUCCGUAUCCAGUUUCAUCCUUUCAGUUUCGGUAGAACAUCACAGCAGCUAUAACCAGGGGCGUGGCAGUGCCAGGGCCUGGAGGCUGAUGCUGAUCACUGAUCAGUGGUUUUACUUAAAAAUCAGGUUUUGUUCUUGCCAGUCAUUAGCACUGUCAACUGUGGCCAAAUCAUUGAAAAGGAACGACGUGCAGCGAUGUCAUUGGUUGGUCAAACAGUGAGCUCGGUUUCGCCGUGCCGAUGGUACUUUUUAUUAUGUGUGUCUUACGCGUAUCUGCCUUCGCCAUUCCGAAUGUUCACGCCCUUUCCGCAUCCAUACAUUUUCGAUCUGUCCAAAUAUCACAGUUAUCCUUAGACACACACGGCCCAUACUGCCCGUCUUAUGUACUUAAGCUUGCUGAAAUGCUGAUGCUAUUUUUUAACCUCUGAGGCUUCUGCGGCUGAAUUUAAAAGUCACAGUGUAGUAGGGAAAGAGGUGGAAGCGUUUGAACACUGAUGUAGGUGCCACACUGACAUGGGCUCACCGCACCGUCACACACUGAAAGAGAAUGAUUGAAGUGUCUUUGUCCAGUGUCUGCCCAAGUGCACUUUGUUCGUGAUAUCUCACUUGAAAAUGGGCGUUGAGUUUGUUUUGGACUUUUGUUCUAAUUGCCGGUGCCGUUAAAUGUUCGUAGUGUCCCGCUCCCGUUGUAUUCGAACCUUUUCUUUCGCUGAAUUCUUGAGACACUGUUGUCUCCUUUGGCCUUAUGCUCUUCUCAUGAUAUGGCGCUACAAGUAUUUAGGUGUGCUGCUUCUGCCAGUGUGAUAUUAUGCUAACGCUUAUGUUUAUUCAAACUAUCAGCCACGCACUAGUAUAUAUUGUGCGUGGCCAUUGCACUUCUCAUGUAUUGUCUAUCGCACCGGAUAUGACUUACUUUUCCAGUCCAUGUUGCCUUUACUAACACAACUUCCUUUCCCAGCCCACAACCCUGCAUCCAUUGGCCGAUCGCCCUAUCCGGACCUGUGGACAGUAUCGGACAGGAGUCAACAAUUUCCACGCGAAUAUAUGCUGCGAAGAUUUUAAUUUCAGGUAUGCACGCUUUUGUUUUAUAAUUUAUUUGGCCCUUCAUAAUGUCUUCGUCCUGCGGCCGUGAUAGGUAUUGUUAUUUCGACAAAAAUCAAAGUGCAAAGAUGCGCGAUGCUCCACAGGUCCUAUGAUUGAUCCGUAUUCGCUCAGUUUGGCCAAAGUGGGCAUGUGUUGCUACUUUACAAUUUGAUCAAUUUUCUUCUGGCGUGUUUUGCUUAAUGGGGGGGGGGGGGGGGGGAAUUCGGUCGAUGAUGGGCCAAUGUUCGAUGUAGACUCGCACCUCUGCAUUUCCUUUGUGAUCUUUUAUACAUCCUUCGAGCUAUUGUUCUGAUUUGUUGAGAUGAGAAUACCUGUCACGCAGCAGGACGAAAGCUGAAUUUGUCUGCUAGUCCACGGAAGGGAGUUAGUUAAAUGUUGUUUUUAUUCAGACUGAUAUCAUGCGAGCACCCAGCCAUGAUCGCAGAAGCACUGUGCUGUAGCGUGGUAUAUGUGCACAUUGGUGAAGAUUGAGGCCAUCAAUAAAUAGAUACUUUGCUACGAU